UUAAUGAGAGUUAUUAAUAAAAUCAGAAACAGAUGUGGAAUUCUUAGUGGUCACUCAUAAACUAUUCCAUCAUAUCAAAGGGAAUUUCCAAUGAUCCUCACUACGAGACGGCACUUUUUAUAUUUUAUUUGGCUAACACAAGACGAUUUCAUGUAGCACAGAGCGACCCCAGUAACCGUGGGGUUAAUAAACUAUCUCCACGAAACUUUAGCUUAUACAGAGAUAAAUUUAAAAAGUUGUUUUCAUCAGAAAUUCUAAUUUGUUCUCCAUCUUUGUCACUUUGUUCCAGUUUUAUAAAUUUUCAUCAAUUAACGAAUCAGUCAGCUGCCGUUGUUCGUUCCUCCCUAUCUAUACUUGUGUACAUUGCAUGCUACUACAGUAUUUUAAUCUUAAGAUAUGGCCAUUAUGCAUUCUAUAUACGCUGGUUAAGUAUUUACGUAAUGUGUCGCAAAGAUAAAAAGUUCAAUAACAUUUUUAAAUUAACCCCUGCUUGUGAGUAUCUAUGAUACUAAAAUAUCGAAGUUUCUACAUCUACACUCUAAGAAUACUUGUGACCGCGGUAUGGCAACACUUACAUUGUGCGCGACUGUGUGGUGGACUGGUGUCGUUGCUGUCCUCACUUGAGCACCAGCAACGUACACGGCUUCAUGCUCCAUAACGCUUCUCCACAUCAUGUGCCUCACCCUAGUAGCUCGCGACCACAGACAGCGGACUCGGAUAACUUAACAGAUCAAGACUUAAAUGCGUCUCCACGUAAAGAUUCGCAUCACCUCGAUGUACUAAAAGUAGAUGAGCUGCCUGAACAAGAAGUGAAAGGACUGGACGGGUUACUCGAUCGUCUGGGUGCUGGCAAAUGGACUAUGUACUGUUCUGUUGUCGUCGCCAUAUGGUAUGGCUUCCUGUCUUUCCAAGCUAUGGCCGGAGCCUUCAUGGCGCCUCACGUAAACCAUACCUGCAUGGCCACCUCUGGCGUCCACCCUCUGUCUCCUGACCUCCCUCACGAUCUCGGUCUUCCAUCAUCUACCUCUGGUGCCCUGACAGUCAACGAGUUUCCAGCUGCUAACAUCACGGGCUUAGUACACGAGGCCAUAGAUGUUGUUGCAGUAGAUACCUGUAGCUAUUACGUAAACACUUCGGCUGGGGUGAUGGAAGAAUCCUGUACACAAUGGAACUUCGACAACUCCACCUUCACCACGACCGUUACUUCUGAGAUGGAGCUAGUGUGUGGGAAGUCGGUGUUGGCGCCUUUAUACCAGAGUGUUUAUAUGUUUGGCAGUGUUAUUGGGUCGCCCGUUGGUGGUCAUCUGUCAGACAAGUACGGGCGUGGGUGGCUGUUCAAGAUGGCUGUUGUGAUAUACGCCCUCAUCGCCACAGGUUUAAGCUGGGCUCCCAACAUUAGCUCAGUGUUGACGGCGAGAUUUUUCCUGGGAGCGAUGCAUAUGAUAAGCUUGCAGGCUGGCUUUGUGCUCGUGAUGGAAAGUUGCUCGAGCCACCUACGUCCAGUGUUGGGAAUCAUGGUGGCUUUGCCGUGGGCGCUGGGCAUUGCGCUUUACGGAGUCUUCGGUUACUUUGUGAGGGAGUGGCGGAACCUACAGUUGCUCAUCUCCCUCCCCGGCAUCCUGAUAUUUCCUGCCAUUUGGUUCCUGGAUGAAUCACCGCGAUGGUUGAUAGUGAAGGGAUACCACGACCAAGCCCGCACCGUCCUGGCCAGGGCUGCCAGAUGGAAAGGCGAAUCUCUCCCUUCUGCUCUGGUUCUCGAAAAGAUUAUGAGUGAUCUCUACGUGCAGUCGGAGGAGGAAGAUGAGGCCGCCAGCAGGUGGUCAGUGAAGCACCGUCUACAACAGUGGUUGCUGAAGAACGUCUUCAUAAUCGUCAGAACCCGACACCUGCGGACCAUGACUCUCACCUUGUGCUUGGACUUCUUCACGGUUUCUCUUGUUUACUACGGGCUGGCUUUGGGUGCCGUCAACUUGAGUGUCAACCCUUACUUCUACAUGUUGCUUAGUGGGAUGAUGGAGAUACCGCCUUACCUGUUGAUGGGUCCUCUGUUAGCCCGCCUGGGACGCAAGGCUCCAGCCAUCGUUUCCUUCCUUAUUACCGGCCUCGUCCUGCUCGGCUUGCCCUUCAUCCCACCUGAUAUGAUAUGGGUUAAGAUGACGUUGGCCUUGACGGGAAAGUUCUUCAUCACUGCCGUGUUCGAGGAGCUCUUCUUGUACUCUUCUGAGAUCUUCCCUACGGAGGUGCGGAACCAGGGGCUUGGAUUGGGUCUCCUCGCCUCCCGCCUCGGUUCCAUCGUCAGCCCCUUCAUCAAUGACGUUCUGGCUCCCGUGGUCCCAUGGUCGACGUAUGUGGUGUUUGCCUCGCUGUCUCUUGGAGCCAGCGCCGCCACCUGUUUGCUGCCGGAAACCAAAGGCUCCAAGAUGCCGGAUCUAGUGUCCAGUAUGGAGAACCAAACUACUGUUUCAGUCCCCAGUGACAAGCCUGCAUGCUGAAGGAGAGACGAUAGAGGAAAGCUAACUCACUCGAUACUGACCGCUGAGAUGGAGCAUCUCCGCGGUCAAGUGCACAAGAGUAAUUUCUUCAUCGUGAUUCACAAGCAAAACCUUCGUAUGUGACAAGAAAACUCUGGAAGGUUAAGAAUGAAUAAGAAUUUGACAUGUUACAGCGUUUCAAGUUAGUUUUCAAAGUUUAGAUGACAUUACAUGGUUUUAAAUGUCUUUAACAGCUUAUGAAUACAUGUUGUCUAUCACAGUGAGGUGUUCAAAGGGUCUCUGGAGAUAUUUUAGUGUUAACUGAAUGAGUUAUGAUACAAUAAAGAACAAAUAGUAGAUGUAGGCUACUGGAAGACAAAGUUUAUUAUUAUUAUUUUUGUAUUAAGUAGAUACCCGGUACUGUACCUAUUUUAAGGAUUAAAGUCUCGCAACUUUUUACCUGCCUUGUAAGAAUAAAACUUACAUUGGAAGCUUCAGAGUUUUAUUGGAAAAAAUGAUUAAUAGAGUAGUAUACUUUUUAUUAAAUGUGUAGACAUCAACCAGUACAAGAAUGUGACGAAAAACCUACUGUUAUGGAAGUGCUGAGAAAGAUGUUGAAAUGUGGAAAGAAAAUGUAAAAAAAAAAUAUUGAUGUAGAAUGAAGCUAGUUUGAAGAUAAUGGCAGACACCAAAUGCUGUAAAAUAAAUUAAUAAUUAAACUAAUAUGAUGAUAAACAUACAAUACUAGUAACAAUAACUACUAAGAAUAAUUAUGAUAAUUGUAUAACUAAGAAAUUAUAGCUCUAAUGUACACACAAAACAGUACUGUAUUCAUUGGGGCAAUGAUAAUCUCUUUCUGAAAAAGUGAUUUUCUUUGUCUCCUGAAUGAUAAUUAUGUAUCAAUAUAAUUUAUGUCACUUGUUUACUGGUUUACUGCACCAUUCACAUAAUGUAACACGGCUGUAGUUAUCAAAUAUUAAUGUUUGUCUCAAGUUCAUAUACUGUACAAGCUGUACUGUUCUGUAAACAGUUUCUUUUCAUUUUAGAUGUCUAUAUCGUCCCAUUCUGUGUGUCAUUUACAUUGUAUUUUUUUCAUAUUCUUAAUGUAAUGAUAAUAAAAUAUCAUACUAUA